GCAAAUGAUAAUUAAUUCAACAAGUUAACGAAAACUUAAACAAAAUAGAGUUACUUAAUUUAAAAGUCCAAUAAUAAUCCCUUCUAGUUAACGGAUCUCUCCAGUUGCUUCUGGAUUAAAUAGUUUAAAAAACUUACAUAGCCAUAAAGGAUCUUCGAUUGAUAUCAGUAACCUAACUCGAUUAAUGAAACCUACAAAAUUAACAGAAGUAAAUGAUUAAAAUAGGUUAGUCAGUGAAUAAUUUAUAAAUUUAAGUUUGGCUAGCAAAAGCGAAAGAGAAUAUAUAAGUGACAACUGAAAAUAAAUUACAAUUACCUAAGAAACAUAUUAAAUUUCCAAGUUAAUAGUUCAUGAACUUUAAAGAGGUUGUUCAUACAUCAAUAAGUCCUAAAAUAAAUAAAGAAACUUUGUAUAGCAGAAAUGCUUUUAAUUUUGAGUUCAUCAUUGGAAUAGGUGGUUUUGGAAAAGUUUGGAAAGUUCAACAUAAAAAAACAGGAUAAAUAUUUGCUAUGAAAGAGAUGUCAAAAGCAUUGUAUAUUAAUAAUUAACUAUAGAAUUGUUACAAAGAAAAGCGUACAUUCUGUAAUGAAUGAAAGAUAAUUAUUAAGUUAAUUAAAGAAUUCUUUUAUCGUUAAUAUGAAUUCUGCUUAUUAAGAUCGUGAAAAUCUUUAUUUAGUGAUGGAUUAUAUGAAAGGAGGAGAUUUAAGAUAUCAUAUAGGUAAAAUGAGAAGAUUUAAUGAAUAAUCUACAAGUAUAAUGUACAUCAAUUUAAUAGAAUUUUUCAUUGCUAGUAUAUUACUAGGAUUGGAGUAUAUUCAUUCAAACAAAAUUAUUCAUCGAGAUAUCAAACCAGAAAAUUUGGUUCUUGAUGAAAAAGGAUAUGUACAUAUAACAGAUUUUGGAAUAGCCAGAAUUGCAAAACCAGAAAAUAAUAGUGAUACUAGUGGAACACCAGGAUAUAUGGGUAAUGAUAAACAAAAUAUAAUUAUUUAGCUCCUGAAGUUAUGUGUAGACAAAAUCAUACUUAUGCUGUUGAUUAUUUUGCUUUAGGAGUUAUAGCUUAUGAAUUCAUGCUUGGAAGAGUAUAUUUAUAUAUUAAUUUAUAAGAGACCAUACUUAGGAAGAUCUAGAUAAGAAAUUAGAGAUUAAAUCAUUGCAAAAUAAGUUUAAAUUAAGAAGACAGAAAUUCCUGAUGAUUGGUCUUUAGAUGCAGCCGAUUUUAUAAACAAAGUAAUUUUUAUUUUUUUAUAUAGCUUUUACAACGAAAACCUUAAAAUCGUCUAGGAUUUUCAGGAAGUCAAGAAAUUAGAGAUCAUCCAUGGUUUUCUUAAUUUCCAUGGAAUAAAUUAUAAAAUAAAUCUUUAACACCUCCUUUCAUUCCUAAUGUAUUUUUAUAUUUUGAUUAAUUCUAGGCUACUGAUGAUAACUUUGAUUAAAACUAAAUUAUUAUAGAAGAUGAAGAAAAUAAUGAAUUAAUUUAAUCCAAUAUUCUUAUAUUAAGAGAUUAAAAUAUAUAAGGUAAAUAAUAUUCUAUUUUAGAUCAAUUCUAAGGAUACGAAUUUUAUUAGCAAACAAAUUCUUCAUCUACAGAGUAAUCUUCCUGUUCUUCUACCAAACAUAGUCGAAAUCUUAGUGAUAGGAUUUAGUUGGCUGAUAAAAGGAAAAUAAUAUGAUCAAAUUUUAGUUUCAAAUCUG